AUAUACUAUAUAUAAACGAACUUCAACUUCAUGAUUUUAUUUUACAUGACAAAAGGACGCGUUCCUUCUAGCCCGUACUUUAAAUAAUAGUAAAACCCAUCACGCACCGUAAAUAAUCAUAAAUUGACCCCACCGAUUAGAUUAAUAGCUGAUGAUUAAUCACAAAAAACAUCAGAAGCUCCUAAGAAUCUCCACGUGUCACCCCUGGACCCCACCUCCCAUCUCCGCUACCUUCUAUAGUUUUCUCCGCUUUCCAUCCCUCCCCCGGGAUUCCUGCUCCGAUCAACCACCCCCCUCCCCAACCCAAUCCCUCUCUCGACCUCUACCCUAUAUACACAUACACAAAUACUACUCUGAAUAAAGGGGUUGUUUAUUAAACUAAUUUAAAUUUGUACUCUCUUUUUCCUUUUUUGUUUUGUUGUACUUAUAUACUUUUUUUUCUUAAUAUAUUAUUGCUGUGACAAUAUGCAUACAAGUGUAUGUCUAUGUGUGUUUGCAGCAGAGCUAGGGUUUGAGUCUUGAGAUUUGAUUAGCUGAUAGGUGAAUAAAUGAGCUGAUUCUCAAGUAAUUAAUAACGCCCAAUAAUAUCAUCACAGUUGCUGGAUGAGUAAUAAUAAUUAGACAUCUGAAUAUUAUUCAGAUGUACCUAUACUGUAUUUAUAGCAGAAUACAUACAUAAAUACAUGUCAAUAUUAAGGCGUAGGAAGGGCACAGAAAACAAGAAAACCGAGCCAGAGUAUGAAGAAUUUAAUGAUGAAAAUAAGAAGAGUAAUGGAAGUUCGAGGAGGUUAAGGAGGAGGAGAUGGAGUUGUAUGGACGGUUGUUGUUGGUUUGUUGGUUGUAUAUGUUCCAUAUGGUGGUUCUUCUUGUUCCUUUACAACGCAAUGCCAGCAUCCUUCCCGCAGUAUGUGACGGAGGCGAUAACGGGGCCGUUGCCGGAUCCACCGGGUGUGAAAUUAGCUAAGGAAGGAUUAAGGGCUAAGCAUCCAGUGGUAUUUGUACCUGGGAUUGUGACUGGUGGACUUGAGUUGUGGGAAGGACAUCAAUGUGCUGAAGGUUUGUUCAGGAAGAGGCUCUGGGGUGGUACUUUUGGUGAAUUGUACAAAAGACCACUUUGCUGGGUGGAGCAUAUGUCACUUGAUAAUGAAACUGGAUUGGAUCCUUCUGGUAUAAGGAUUAGGCCUGUCUCUGGGCUUGUCGCAGCUGAUUACUUUGCUCCAGGUUAUUUUGUUUGGGCUGUUUUAAUUGCCAAUUUGGCUCGCAUUGGAUAUGAGGAGAAAAACAUGUAUAUGGCUGCCUAUGAUUGGAGGAUCUCAUUUCAGAACACUGAGGUGCGAGAUCAAACUCUAAGCAGGAUUAAAAGUAACAUUGAACUCAUGGUGGCUUCGAGUGGUGGGAAGAAGGUGGUUAUAAUUCCGCACUCAAUGGGUGUUCUAUACCUCUUGCAUUUCAUGAAAUGGGUAGAGGCGCCAGGUCCAAUGGGUGGAGGAGGUGGAUCAGAUUGGUGUGCUAAACAUUUAAAAGCUGUAAUGAACAUUGGAGGACCCUUUCUGGGUGUCCCAAAAGCAGUCUCAGGAUUAUUCUCAGCUGAAGCCAAGGAUAUUGCUGCUGCCAGGUCUAUGGCCCCAAGUUUUUUGGAAAGUGAAAUGUUUAACUUCCAAACGUUACAGCAUGUAAUGCGAAUGACUCGUACAUGGGAUUCAACCAUGUCAAUGAUACCUAAAGGCGGGGACACAAUCUGGGGCGGACUGGAUUGGUCCCCAGAAGAAGGCCACGAGUGUAAUGAAAAGAAGCCAAAGAACAAUACCACCCAGACAGCUGAGAGUGACAGGACAAGAAAGUCAGAUAAUGCUACUCGUGUGAAGUACGGAAGAAUAAUAUCGUUUGGGAAGCUUGUAGCUGAUUUGCACUCAUCAGAGAUUGAGAGGAUCGACUUCAGAGAUGCUCUUAAAGGUAAAAGUCAUGCCAACUCCACUUGCCGUGAUGUAUGGACUGAGUACCAUGAUAUGGGUAUUGGAGGUGUCACAGCUGUUGCAGAUUACAAAGUUUACACAGCUGGUUCUGUUUUGGAUCUUCUUCAUUUUGUUGCACCAAAGUUGAUGAAGCGUGGUAGUGCUCAUUUUUCAUAUGGAAUUGCUGAUGAUCUGGAUGACAAAAAAUAUGAACACUAUAAAUAUUGGUCAAAUCCCCUGGAAACUAAAUUGCCCAAUGCACCAGGGAUGGAGAUCUUCUCAAUGUAUGGAGUUGGAAUUCCAACUGAAAGAGCAUAUGUAUACAAACUAAGUACUGCUGGAGAUUGCUAUAUUCCUUUCCAGAUAGAUACUUCGGCUGAGGGUGGAAGCAAAAGUCCUUGCUUGAAAGGCGGUGUCUUUCAUAUUGAUGGGGAUGAGACUGUACCUAUUCUAAGUGCAGGUUACAUGUGUGUGAAAGGGUGGAGAGGAAAGACCCGAUUCAAUCCAUCAGGCAUCCGUACAUUUGUAAGAGAGUACAAUCAUGCCCCUCCAGCUAAUCUUCUAGAGGGCAGGGGAACACAAAGUGGUGCUCACGUUGAUAUAAUGGGAAAUUUUGCACUGAUUGAAGAUAUCAUUAGAGUAGCUGCUGGGGCCGCUGGAGAAGACUUGGGAGGAGAUAAAGUGUACUCUGGUAUUUUCAAGUGGUCUGAAAGGAUUAAACUGAAGCUUUAGAUUUCAUAUUGUGAGAUUUACGCCACGUCAUUCUUACAAUAAGACUGAUGUUAUAUGUUUCUUGUUCCUUUUUGUUAUUAUGAUUAGAAAACGUAAAAGAAAUAGACCUUUAGGCCGAUAAAGGGACCAAUUUUAUGACUUCACUAGUUAUGGAUUUACAUGAAAAAUUGUUCGCUCUCGACCUCAGAUACAUAUAUUAAGCACAUGAAGGUUCUGACUUUCGUGACUGAA